AUGAUCGGCUCUUCUCGUUUUCUGACCCUUCUCUUCGCUAUCGUUGGAUCGGCUUGUGCUAUGUCAUUUAUCAGAAAAAGUAAGGCGAUUCCGGAUUGUUCCAAUUGUUGAAGAGACGUUGUCGCAGAUUAUGAGGGUCAUCGAGAAAGUGAUUGGCCGGCGACGUUCCCCGAUUCUCCAGAUGGAUUCUACUUCGGAUGUAGAAGAUGUCGGUGUCAGUGUGCACAGAAUCCCACGACGAAGAAAUCUUCAACGACAGCGGCUCCGACGUCUUCAUCGACAGUUGCUCCGACGACCACAAAAACUGUAAAAACUACAGCAACGACCACUGUUGUCCCAUCAACCAGUACUGUGCCAGCUACAUCGCCCUCCACUUCUGCUAGGCCGACAACUACUCAAGUUCCUUCUUCGUCGUCAACUAAAUCGGCAACUACAAACGCCAAUGCGGAUAUGGAUGUGCCUCAAAUGUUCGGUGCACCGUUCACUGUUUUGCCUGAAAGCGAUAUACCUGGAAAUGAUAGAGUGGUCGCCGAUGAAGUCGAUGCCGGAACGACGGUGACGGAAACUGGAACAACCUUUUGGAUCAGAACUCCGACUCCCGCAAAUGCCCCAGAUUCUGUCUACCCGGGAUCUGGAGGUGUUCCUGUCUUCGCCACCGUUGCUUUCAAUUCUCCGUUCGCUCCUGAUGCCGCGUUGGCUCCGUUGGACGGAGGAGAAGCUCAGGAUGAUUUGGAUUUCGGCAUUCGGACCGUGGGAACACCUAAAGCUCCGAGAGCACCAAUUGACCCCGAUGCAUAG